ACUGGCGGCAGCUUAACCUUUAUCAGCCAAGUGCUCCCCUCUCCCCACCACCACCACUAUCCUCCUCUCCUCUUCCUCGAGAGCUAGACUUGCUAGCUAAUCAACCUUAGUCCUCCCCUCCAUAUAUACAUCGAUCUCCAAUGUUGUUUGCUUCCAUAUGCUAAGCUCAAGUCUCCUAGCAACCUGUAUAUAUAUACCUGUGAUGCUGUGAUCGACCAUGGCGUGGUGGACGUAAGGAAGAAACCCGUAGAAGCUAGCAAGCGUGGGAGGUGCCAUGGCGAUGGCGCGAGCCAUGUAACAAACCUAGGAGAUUAAUUAGCAAGCGUGCGUGCGUGCACGUAAGGAGGAUGUGUGCGUGACCGGUGGUUGCCGUGCAGCCGAGGUCGCGUGCUGAGAGAGACCUACUGAGAGGAGCUGCUAAGGAGGAGGGAGAAGAAGAUCAGGGAGACAAGGUUCUCUCGAUCGGCUUCUUGCCCGCCGGACAUGUGGAGCUUGGUGCGGCAGGGCCUGCGGUGGGGGCGCCCGCGGCGGACGGCGCGGGUGGUGGACGAGAGCGCGCUCGGCGCGGACGGCGGCGAGGAUGUCGUCGGUGCCGCCCAGGCCGCGGGCGGCGCGGCGGUGGCGGCCCCGACCCUGGCUGGCGCGCUGGCCAGGGCGCUGCUGGCGCUCGCGUGCGCCAUCCGCUUCGACGGCGAGGAGUACGGCGUGACGGAGGAGGCGUGGGCGGCCAGCGGGUGGCGGCCGCGUGCCGACGAGGUCAGCCACCUCAUGGUGCGCGAGAGCAUGCGCUACGCCAUCUACGCGUAGCCGUACGUAGCCCGUCGCCGUAUACAUAUAUUUAUGCAUGCAUGCAUGCAUGCACUAUUGAGUAGCGUUAUGCAUACGUACGCACGUUGAGAUGGUGCAUAGUGUAUAGAGUACUGUAUCCCGUAUUUCUGUACGUACGUGCAGGCCACUACUGGUAUCAGAGUUCCACGGUAAUUGGGGGCUGUCUUGCCUGUGCAGAAUUCUUGAUGCGACGACUAAGAAAUUCUUGCCCUCUUUAACAGCUUGUCA